GGUAUCCACCGAACGAAUAUUCCAUUCUCGCACAUUAAGUCACUCUCUCACACAGUUGUUUUUAUUUUUAUUUAUUUAUUUACUUUCUAUAAAAACAGAGCAACCAAAACAAACCAACGGCAAAACACAACAAAACAAAAACAGAGAGAAGAAGAAGAAGAAAGAAAAAGAAUGUGCGAGGCCUUGAAAACGCAGUACCAGGUGUGCGAGGAGAUAGGUCGCGGUCGUUUCGGCACCAUAUUCCGCUGCUUCAAUCCUAUUUCCAACGAAGUUUACGCCUCCAAAGUCAUCGACAAAUCCCUUCUAACCGAUUCCACCGAUCGCGAGUGCCUCGAAAACGAACCAAAGUACAUGACCCUUCUUUCCCCUCACCCAAACAUCCUUCAAAUCUUCGAUGUCUUCGAGGACGACGAUUUCUUAUCCAUCGUUCUCGAGCUCUGUCAGCCACACACCCUCUUGGAUCGAAUCCUCGCCAACCCUUUCCCCGAGCCACAAGCCGCUUCCAUCAUGAAACAGCUUCUCGAAGCCGUCGCACACUGCCACCGGCUCGGCUUGGCUCACAGGGACAUCAAGCCCGACAAUCUUUUGUUCGAUUCGAUGAACAACCUUAAACUCGCCGACUUCGGUUCCGCUGAGUUGUUCGGCGACGGGAGGAGCAUGAGCGGGGUGGUGGGGACGCCGUAUUACGUGGCGCCUGAGGUUCUGAUGGGGAGUGAGUACGAUGAGAAAGUUGAUGUUUGGAGUUGUGGUGUGAUUUUGUAUAUAAUGUUGGCUGGGAUUCCACCCUUUUAUGGAGAUUCUGCUGCUGAGAUCUUUGAAGCUGUUGUUAGGGCUAAUCUUAGGUUCCCUUCGAGGAUCUUUAGGUCCGUGUCCCCUUCUGUUAAGGAUCUUUUGAGGAAAAUGAUUUCCAGGGACCCCUCUAGAAGAUUAUCUGCAGAACAAGCCUUGAGACAUCCAUGGAUCUUGAGUGGUGGUGACACGGCUCAUCUGACAUGAAAAAUAAAGUAGAGUGUUGUUGCAGUUUAGAGAGACAUGACAGAAGCUACUUGCUGGUGGCAAGCGUAGCUAAUUUUGCACUCUUGUUUUCUCUUUUGCUAUGUACUUACUACUAGAGUUUGGAGGAAACAGACUACGUCCUGUAAAUUUUGAUGGUGCAUGUAGAUUUUUUUCCUUUUCUUUUUUUCUUCCUUGGUUCUAGGAAUAAGAGACUCUGGAUGAGUUGAGAGAAUCUUGUCUUUCACUUUUUUCUUCUUCUUUUUUUUGUCUCCUUUUCUCUUGUGUAAAAUAUCAGAAAAGUGAGAAAGGAGUAAAAUCCAGAAGACUCCAACUCCCUCUCAUAAUAAAAAAGAGGAGUUUGGAGCAGUUUUUGUAAUUAUAAUAAAUUUUGUAUGUAAAUGUUUUUAAUCUUCUAAUUU